AUGGACGCCCCUCCUGCCGCUGGAAUCUGCAAAAUCAAAAAAGAAUUUAUUUUGCCAGAACAAGAACGCAAACUAAACUUGGACCAUGUAUCCGAAAAAGACAAAGCCAAUCUAGAAGAACCGGAACCGGUAGACCCAGAAGACAACGACAACGACGAAGAUUUAGACGACGAUGUCAAAUCUGAUGCGGGCGAACCCCAAGUGAAAAAAAUCAAAAUCAGCAAAAAGAAGCUGAAAGGCCAAAACAAGAAACGCGGCCGCACAUUUGCUCCUGAUAGAAGUCACGAGCUCUGCGACUUUUUACUGCAAGCGCAAGACGGUCAAGAAUUGCCAACUUGUUUCCGUAAAAGGUGCACCAACUGCCACGACAUAGAAGAAUACCUGAAAAAGAAGCCUGAAGAUAUAGGCCCUGUUUGCACUAACUUUGAAAAAACAGGCAAAUGUCCUAGAGGACUUGCCUGUAGGUUUGGCAAACAACAUAUUACUGAGUCAGGCAGGAAUGUUAUUAAUCAGGCAAAGUUGGAUGAGUAUAACAACAAAGGGCCAUCUGUCAAGAAUCAAUUUAGUAAAGAUGUGCAGUGGGCUUUGCGGAAGAGGAACUAUGAUUUUAAUUUGGCUGAAAAGUUGAUUGAUUCUUAUGAUAAGGAUGCUAUACACAUGACACCGGAUGAGCUCUUUACCUUUUUAAAGCGCCCAAACAAAAAAACCUUUGGCAACGUCACAGACGAGGACAUAGUAAAACUAAGAACCAAAGAAAAGAAAGUGAUUGAUUGGAAAGACAAACUAUACUUAAGCCCUCUUACCACAGUAGGGAAUUUACCAUUUAGACGUAUUUGUAAAGAAUUCGGUGCAGAUGUGACUUGUGGAGAAAUGGCUUUAUGUUCCAGCCUUUUAAAGGGAAUGCCACAAGAAUGGGCUUUAUUGAAACGCCAUCACACUGAAGACAUUUUCGGGGUGCAACUUUGUGCCAACAAUCCUUAUGUGCUCACCAAAUGCGGACAAAUGAUUGAAAAAGAGUGCGAGGUAGAUUUUGUUGACCUCAAUUUGGGAUGUCCCAUUGAAUGGGUAUUCAGAAAAGGAGGAGGUAGUGGUUUAUUACUGAGACCGAAAAUCUUGGAAUCGUGCGUCAGGAACCUGAGCGACAUCUUAACCAUUCCCUUGACUGUUAAAACAAGAACUGGAGCCUACAAGGAUGAAAACAUCGCUCACGAAUUGGCCCCGAAAUUCAGAGAUUGGGGUGCUUCUUUGUUGACUAUUCACGGCAGAUCCAGGGAGCAGAGAUACACGAAAAGUGCCGAUUGGGCUUAUAUCGGGCAAGUGGCUCGAGCUGCUAGCCCUAUGCCUGUUUUUGGGUGCGGCGAUGUACUGAGCUACGAGGAUUAUAACCAGUAUAGGAAACUGGCUCCAGAAGUUCAAGGAGUAAUGAUCGGUCGCGGCGCUUUAAUAAAACCCUGGAUCUUUACCGAAAUCAAACAGGCCAGAUUGUGGGACAUUUCCAGCAAUGAACGUCUGGACAUGCUGAAAACCUACGCUGAUUACGGCCUGGAACAUUGGGGCUCGGACAGUCGUGGUGUGGAAAGCACCAGAAGAUUCAUGCUGGAAUGGUUAUCGUUUUUGUAUCGUUAUGUGCCGGUGGGAUUACUGGAAAGACCUCCACAGAAAAUCAACGAUAGACCGCCCUUUUUUAGGGGCAGGAAUGAGUUGGAGACUUUGAUGGCUUCACCUGCUGCAUCCGAUUGGAUUAAGAUAAGCGAAAUGUUGCUUGGGAAGGUACCAGAAGGGUUCAAGUUUAUACCCAAACAUAAGGCAAAUUCUUAUCAGUAAGAAAUUUAUUUUUAAUUUAUAUAUGAAUGUAGCUAAAUGCAUGAGUGUUUGAGUGUGAAUUAAGGAAACUCAUUUUACAGAAAUAUAAUAAUUUUUUUUAUUUGCAUAAAUAUAUAUUAUUUUUCAACACUCCUCAAUAAUCUUAUAAUCAAGUA